AUGCUGGUGCCGGCGCUGCCGGCGCUGCUGGUGCUGGUGGUGAUGCUGUCGCUGCUGUUGCUGCUUGUUAGCCAGCAGUGCUCUUCGAAGGAUCGUCAAGGUGACCUGCUUAGGGGUCUGCCGUGGUGCGUGAGUGAGCGGAGGAGUGUGCGAGCUGGUAGAAGAUCAAGAAGCUACCAAGGCUGUCGUCAGAGGAGUUGCCUGUUAGCGCAUGCCAUGUACGUGCGCGCAACGGACCUGCCAAACCCGUCAGUCAGACGCCACCCGCGCGCAACACCACCCUCCGACAAUCACCAUCCCACGCCAGCCCCCCGCGAGCUCUCAAGCUCUACGUCCAACAAGGCCAUCUACAAGCAACGCGUCGAACGGUCCUCCUCUCAGACCCUCAUGCCAUCCAUGCACGACCAGGACUUCCUCAACCGUCACCAGCUCCCAUGCCAACCCCUUUCCGGCAAAACGCCAUGCGACAACCAACAAGCACAUCCCCAACGCCUCAAGGCCACUGUGAUGUUGGAGCUGUUCGUCCCGAUUUCUGAGUCUCAUCAAUCCAGCGAGAGGUUUCCAUAG